ACUGUAAAGAAUUUACAAGUACAUGUUUCAACAUGCUCGAUAAUUUAAAAGGUCAACCACUACAUUUCAAGACUUACGACUGCCUGUGCGAUAUCUACAUCACUUAUAUGAGUGAGUUGCUAGAACUGACGAAAACCGUGAAACAAAUGGAAAAUUUAAAAAUGGUAAUAAAGGACGAGCAAUUACAAAACGUUUUGGUAUCGUUUUUGGAGAAAUACGUCAUCUCUAACGCAACUAUGCCACUAUCGGAACGACGAUCUUACAUUGUAAAAUAUAUUUCUUUGGCUCAUAUUAAUAUCUUGUCGUUUAAAUGCUUAGGGAAUAUUUUCAGAUACUAUCAUACCUACAAUAAAGAAUAUGGUCAUAUGAUUGAAUCUUCACUGUCAGAUAUAGCAAAUUCAGACGAAAUUACAUUCUUCAUAGCAAUUUUGUACUCCUUAACUAUCGUAUACGAGAUGAUCGUAAAUAAAUAUGGCGUCGUAGUUCUGACGACACCAGAAGCGAAAAGUCUGAAGCUUCUGAUAAAACAGUUUUUGAAUUUGAAAGAAUUCAAAUCCCCACGAAGGCAUUAUGUACAACUCCUUUGCUUCGCCAUCAAUUAUUCCCUUAAAGACAAAUCGAAAUACUCAUUUUUCUACUUUGUCCACUACUUUGUAGAUCUAUUAACCGAAGACAAUGAUAGGACAGCGGUCCUUAACUUCCUCAAGGAAAAAGUACCGAAAAAAGCAGAAAAAAAUGAUGCAGUACUAUUUCUGGCAAACCAUCUGCAAAAAGUAAAAUCUGGAACAAGUUCAGAAAAGCCAAAGGUCACAAACAUUCCUAAGGAAAAUAAAGAAAAUGUAAAUCCGAAGAAGAAACUUAAGGCGCCACGUCGAGGUGGUCGUCCAGUCUUGGGGAAAAAACCCACUACACGUAAAACAAAAAGCGUCGUUAAGAAAACGAUUCAAAGGAACGUUGAUACCGAGACCGACGUCUCUGAUGACGUGACUAUUGUUCUGGACAGCGAAACUGAUGAUCUAGAAGAAUCAUUAACAGCUUUAAGAGUUUAAUUGCAAAUAUUAUUGAGCAUGAAAGUAAAUUACUAAUAGAGUUAACUUGAAAAGUGUUUUAUGUUGUUGAUUGUUAUGUUUAU